UCGGAUGGGGCGGACAAAGUUGCAGUCGGGACACCCCUUAACUUUUUUAACACUCCACAAAGUGUCCGACGUUCUGCCAUGCUGGGACUGUAACACAUUUCGGAUCGCUGCUCGGUUUCGUUUCGCCCCUGAGUCAUGGCUCCGUUUGGGAAAAACUUCCUGAAAGCUCGACUGAAAAACAGGACAAAGGAUGCCGAGCCUGUGGUUGGAAAAGAGAUUCAGGUUACUGUCUGCAACGAGGAGAAAGUUGUUUGUGGGGUAACAAAACACACAACAUGUGCAGAUAUGAUUCAGGCAUUACUAGAUGAUCACAAGUCAAUCCCAGAGAGCAAGCGACUCCUGCAUGGGGAAACCAAAGAUUUCUGUCUUGUUGAGCGGUGGAAGGGUUUUGAGAGAGCCUUGCCUCCUCUCACCAGAAUCCUGAGACUCUGGUAUGCUUGGGGGGACCAGAGACCCUUCAUCCAGUUUAUUCUAGUCAAAACCAGUGAUUUUGUGAGUCAGCCUGCCAAAAAGGGUGGAAAGGCCAAGGGGGCCAAGCCAAAGCGAUGGGAUCACAGUCGCACUCAGUACACCCAGUCUGUGCCUGUGGAGAGGCAAAAGCGCAUGGUGAAGAAAGCUUUCCGGAAGCUGGAAAAGCUUCACAAGGAGAGCAAGAGCUCCUCAGGUUCUGACGAGAUCGAUGGGAUGGUGCAGCUUAUUCUCAACCAGGACCACACCAUCAGAGAGCAAAUCCAACACAUGAGGGACCUGGAUCUGGAGAUCGAGCGGUUUGAUCUGAGAGAGAAGGAAGCUGAGUCUGAGAGUCCACUGGCUCAGGGUUGCGAUCAAGGUUUGGAGAUGCACAGCAACGAGCAGCUGCAGGAGUACCUGUAUACCAGCGAUGGAGUCGAACAGCUUGAACUGCAGGUUCAGAGGCACCAGGAGCUCAUCCUCCAGCUGUCCCAGGAUAUUGAUGCUGAGCUGAGGCGGGCCAACUUCCCUCUCAGCCAAUAUGAGAACAGUGAACAGGAAGGAGCCACUGCUGCUUCCUGGAUCCCCUUGGAGACGGACAAAUCGCUCUAUACUUCUGAACUCGAGAGGUUGGAAGAGGAACUGAAGCACAGCCUCUUUACUGGUUUGUCCCUGCACAACCAAGCUGCAGAAAUAGACAAGCAGUUGAAGUACUAUGAUGCUACGCUGGUCUCCAAAGAUCAGGAGUGCUGGCAGCUGGCUGCCCACCUGAGCUCAUUGAAAAUUGGGGAUGGAGAAGAAGAGGAGCAGUCCAAUCCUGUCCCUCUGCAAAGUGAGACCCAGUGCAGCAUCUCACAGACAGUGAAACUCAAACACAGCCUGUCCCCUCUAGACAUUACAGACACAGACUCAGACACUGGGAUUAGCUCCACACACAGUCAAGACUCUCUGUCACCAUGUCUCGACUUCCCUCCCCCACUGGACACAGACGUUUGAACAACCCCGCUGACCCUGCAAUUUGAUGUUCUGUAUGCGCUAGCCCUAGUCUGUGCCUGUCAUGUGUCUUAUCACUACAUUUAAGGUUAAAGACCAAAGCAUCAGCUUUUCUGAAAGAUAAAUCCCUUGCAAUCUUUUAUGCAGCAAGAAGGUCAUUUAACUAAAACUGAAACAAUCAGUUGAUCAUCAGCCAUUAUUUUUUUAGUCAUUCUUCAUACAAAAAUGCCAAACAUUCUUUUGUUUCAGCUUUUCAAAUGUAAGGUUUUGCUUUGUUAUAUAUGAUAUAUAUCUGGGUUUUAGACUGUUGGUAAACAAAAACAGCACUGUGAGGAUUUUUCCUUGGCCUCCUCGCAGUUCCCAUUAUAAUAAAAUUAUAGUGGAUAAUGGAAAUUACAGCAUAUUUUCUAAUAUUUUGUAGAAAGAAAAAUAUUAAUCCAUUAACAGAUUGAUCAAUAAUGUAAUUAAUUGUUUUUGCAAAGUUUUUUAAAGUAUUUCCUCGACAGUAAAAGAUUUUAUCUUAAAGUAAGCACCUCCUGUCUCAAUUUGUACAUUUACCAAAAUUAAAAGAAUAUAUCAUCAGAAAUAUUUAUCAAUUUAUAUAUCUACAAUGUUAUUUUGAAAUAGGUUUUAAAAAAAUUCAUUUUGCUCAAUGAACAAGAUUUUUUUAAAUCCAGAUGAACAGUAAUCUUAAAUGUUUCUGAAAUACCUUCAAAACUAGUUGCAAGUGUUUUUAAAUAACCUUUUGGGUUUCUCAAAGGAAGUGGAUGCUCAAGUGUAAUGAUAAUAUAUGCAAAGCACAAAACUAGAGACAUGUAAGCACCAAUUACAGUCCAUCACUGUUUAUGACGGCUGGGUUUCCUGAUUUUUUCAAGUGUAUAUUUUUGCCCACAAAAAAAGCAAUGAAUAUUUUCCUAGCACAACCAUGUCUAAGGUGUAGGCUUAGUUACUUAAAAGUGUUUUGUUUUGUUUCAUUUCUUAAUAAUGGUGAAUGUAUGCUUCUUUCCCGUCUUAAAGUUCUCAAGCUAUUUAUGAAGCUGCACUUCUUUGUACACACUUAUAAGUCUAUUAACAAUGUUUUAUAUUAAAACAAAUAGCUAACUGUGUUGGAUGUAGAAUUUAAGCUUUGUUAAAAAAAAUUACAUUCCUCCUGACUACACUGUAAAUAUUCUGCUGUAACCACUGUAAAUGAUUGUUCUUAUGACACAGGCACAAUUUGUAAAGACAAUUUGAUAUGAAAAAAAAACGGAGAGAAAAACAUAUUUAUUUAUCAUUUAAUUGUAUUUUACAGAUGAGAUUUUAUUAUAACUGUUUCCCCUUUGAGGCUCAUCCUUCACUGAUCUCAUCAAACAUAUCAUAUUCAGGGCCAAAGUAACACGAAUAGCCUGGCUAUAUCUGUGUAAACCAUUCUUUUAAAAAAAAACCUAUGAUAAGUAAAAAAAAAAAGAAGUAAAAUGUGCAUUACAAUCUUCAUAAUAAACACUAAUACUGUUAAUGUCACAGAGUAAUGACUCCGUUGUUGAGUGUGUUGGAGCCAGGCAUUGAGAAUUGAAUUAUGUCUUCCAAAUUGGUAAAUACGGCUUUGCAACAGUGCUACUGUUCUAGAAGGUGUUAAUGCUAAAACCACAAGGAAGAAACAACUCGAGGUGCAAAGUAACUUGACUUUUAUAGAUUCCUCAAAGCUCUGAGUCACCAGAGAGAAAUGACACAGCUAGUACAGAGCCCCCUUCCAGUCACUGCAGCAUAUAAUCAGACUAGAUGGUCGCCAGGCAAGCACAAACAACAGCGAGCACUCUCCUCUUGUCAAGGUACUGCUGACAGACUAACACUUUGUACUCGGGGCAGAGUGGGGCUGGCUGCUGGAAAAGCAGAGGAUAUCUAUUUCACACACUAAUUGCUUAACCCCAGCACCCCCCUCCUGCACCGCUUCAAGCCACUAAGUAACUCCACCAAGCAUGAAAGGCCUGAGAUCUUACAUUGUGAACAAUCUUGCACCGGUGCCUCACACUUGUUGAUGGAACGGGGGUUUAUUAUGGUACUUAUAGCUUGUUCUGUUUCACCAACAGGCAUGCAACAAAGUGGAAUGAAAGGGCAUUUUGUGGAAUUUAUAUUCUAAUGCAAAUCAGACCUGUCUUGAGAGUUGGUCGAAAUGUUAAGGGCAGGAAAGUUGAAUAACUGAGUCUGUUAUUCAACCAAAAGCCAGGUGGAUGCAGAGGGUUCUGUUUCAAUUGAAACAAUCUUUAUUCAAAGUUUAGGCCAUCUGGGAGCAUUUGGUGCAUUUCUAUUUAUUUUAUUAUUUCCAGCCUGAUAAAAAAAAACAGUUGAAUAAAAGUUUUUAAUAUUG